AUGUUUCGAAUUCCAAAAGACACAAGACGUGAAACUUGGAUAAUUAAUUCCGGGAAAUUAAGUUUAUUGUCACUAAAUAAAAAGCAGCUGUAUAACCGUUAUAUAUGCCAGGAGCAUUUUUCUCCCGACUAUUUUUUAAAUUAUAAAAACAACAAAUUGAAAUCGAAUGCAAUUCCUCAUAAAUACAAUUCUAACGAAUGUCCAUCUACAUCUUCAGGUAUAGUUGAUAAAGAUGUAGACAAUAUUGACGAACCAUUAGCUCCGAUUAAAACAUAUGAAAGAUCGAGAAAUGAAAUGACUGAGCUUAUUUUUUCAAGCCCAUCGUCUAUUAUAGAUACUCCGAAAAGAAAAAAUAUAAAUGACUUAAUAGAUAUGCCCACUCCAAAUUCAAAAAGGUUGAUUUAUGCAGACGAGGAUGAUACACCAAGCAAAAAAAAAUUGAAAUUGAAAAUAGAUCAACAAAAAAUUAAAUUGCGUAAUAAAAAUAUCCAAGUUAGUAAAUUAAAACAACAUGUAGUACGGUUUAAGACUCGUAACACUUUACGAAGUCUUUUGUAUUCACAUCGAUUUAAAUCAAACAAUGCUAGAGCAAUCGUAAUAAUGCAACUUAGAAAUAAGCAAAUACCUAGGACACUAGAAGAAAAAAAUCUAGCUUUAACUUUAUUCUAUAAAUCUCCAACAGCCUACAAUUUUUUAAGGCAACAAAAUAUUAACUUACCAGCCCCAUCGACUAUUCGUCGUUGGAUCGGACAGUCAAAAUUUGCACCCGGCUUAAGUGGCGUUUUUUUUUAA